AGGAUGUCUGGCAGAGGGAAGGGCGGCAAGGGGCUCGGCAAGGGCGGCGCCAAGCGCCACCGCAAGGUGCUGCGCGACAACAUCCAGGGCAUCACCAAGCCGGCCAUCCGGCGCCUGGCCCGGCGCGGCGGCGUGAAGCGCAUCUCGGGGCUGAUCUACGAGGAGACGCGCGGCGUGCUGAAGGUGUUCCUGGAGAACGUGAUCCGCGACGCCGUCACCUACACCGAGCACGCCAAGAGGAAGACUGUCACGGCCAUGGACGUGGUCUACGCUCUCAAGCGCCAGGGACGCACUCUCUACGGCUUCGGCGGCUAAAGCGCUUCGCUCCCAGACCCUCUCGAGAACCCAAAGGCUCUUUUAAG